AUGGGUAAAAAUCAAGCUUACAAAGCUAUGCAAAGAGCCAGGCUUGGCUCGAGUUCUGGCGGUCCUGAAGAGAUCGAAGAUGGCAUGGUGGAUGGUUCUUUUCAUUCACCAGAGUGGCAUGCUGCUCGUUUGGCCAGCCUUAAUACAUCUCACACAAUAACCUGGGAGGAGUUCAAACAAAAGCAAAAGGAGGAUGAAAUAAGAAAGGGGGAACUAGAAGCAGAUAAGGAUAGAAUGAUGCGGGAAUACAGAGCUCAGUUGGAUGCUGAAAGGGCACGCAAACUUGCUCAUGGCCGGAAUUACUCUGGUAGCAAGUCUGAUCGUAAAAAGGAUAGAAAGGACAGAGAUUCAAAGAAACGCAGCAGUAAAAAAAGAAAGCAUUCAAGGCGGAGAUCUGAUGAUUCUAGUUCCUCAAGUUCAUCCUCGGAUUCUUCAAGUAGUGAGGAUGAGAGAGAAUCCAAAAGAUCAAAGUCAAGGUCUAGGAAAACAAAGAAGGAAAAGAAGCGUAAGUCAAGAACCAAGCACUCCAGUCGUGAUGAUGAAGAGGCUGGUGGGCCGGUGCCACUUUCUAAAUUCUUUGGAAGCUUGAAGAACUAA